AAGUCGUUUCGGUGGUAAGCAGAGUCAUAGUAGGGCGAAUCAUCCUGGUAGUGAAGCUUGGGGAGGACGCCGCCGGAAAAACCAGCCAUGCAAGUUUGAAAGUGGCGCCCCUGACAAGUCGCGCGAUAGUCACGAAAUGCUUUACGGCAACGACGUCACACACAUCAACAACAUAUGAGGCCACUUGCGCGAACAGUGUAUAGUCUGCGGUAUCUUGCCGAAGAAGAAGAAUCCGAAGCUGAACCCACUUUCGCGCAAAAAGGACGAUGGAAAAAUCCAAGAAAACUCGGUCGGAAGAGUCUAGAAAAAGAAAGCGAGAGUCGGACCGUGUUAGAAACCGGACAAGAGUCCCACUCGGUCGUGCUUUUACUCGCUGGCGAGAGAUUAAAACCAGCACUGGAUGCAACAGCGAUGCUGACCUGGCGAUCUUGCUGAUGGACUUGUAAGUAAAUCUCUUAUUUGUAAUCUUGUUUACAUUCUAUGUUGUUAUGCUGACUUAUAAUUUGCCAUUUUUUUACGGUGCUGUUCAUUCAUCCAUUGUUGACAAUUAGACCAGUUCAAUAAUUCACAUCUCUAGAUAGACUUCCUAACAAACUGUCGUUUCUAUAUAUAUUUUUCUUUAUGUUUUUUGACUCGCUUGCCAGCUGGUCUUGUGAUGUGUAUUUAUCACGAAACAACUUAGUCCUUUUCUGAUUUCUUAUGGCGUGUGUACUGUGCAUAAUAUACAAACUUUAGCUAACUAAUAGUGGACUUUAGUGGAAUUCAGGAAUUUCCACGUAGUUUCAAACUGAUUGUUUCAAACAAACUUCAAGCUUGUUCAGUAUUACUUUUGCUGCUGAGUAAAUACUGAUAAUAUCCUUUAAUUGUAGUUACCAGGAUAAGGUAGUUAUGUCUACACCCAGCAAGGGUCACAUAAGACCGCCAAUUCCACCUGUGUCCAGUAUAACAGAGGAGUCAGACUGUGAAGGGCAUGAAGACUUCCCUGUACCUGGUGUCCAGCCAUUGGUCACAGAGACAGAAGAAGGUGAUGUUUUGGAAUCCAGCAUGCAUUCUCUAAGCAUUGCAGAAGAAAACGACUCUCCAGAUGAGGGGGAUGCCAAUGACUUGAGGAACAGCUUCAUUGAAAUGGAUGAUUGUUGGGUUGAUCCUUCUCAUAAGGACUGGAAGGAUGAGGACAGCUCAGAUGAGGAUUAUUUUCCUUUUCUUCAGCUACGAACUGGUCGGGUCAACACAAACAAUCUUGCUGAAAUAAGCUUAGAUGAAGCUGUGCUUGAUGUUGCCACACCCAAUCCUCCUGAACUUGAGUCACAAUACAUCCCUGAACAAGAACGAGUUCUCUGUGAGGAAGAUCUGGUGGGGAAAAGUGCCAACAUCACCUACAACAACAACCUCCAUCAGCUCGCCAUGUAUUUGAUGCUACCACUACAGAAGUGCAACUACCUAGACCGUGUUUCUGGUGUAGCAUGCAGCGGUGAACCGCCAUUUCGGGUGAGCCUGAAACCUCGGGGGACUGGAGUCAUUUUGGAAUGGUCAUGCCCCUUUGGACACAUUCUUUGGAAAUGGAACUCACAGCCAGUUUUGAAGUACGGCAUGCAGGGGGGUGACUUCAUGCUGGCUACAAAUACUCUUCUUUCUGGCAAUAACUACAGGAAGAUUGCCCUCCUUUUUCAAUUUAUGAAAAUGCCAAUGGUUGCUGAGGGGACUUUCUUCCGAAUUCAAGAUGCUUAUUGCAUUGAUCCAGUCCAGGAAUGUUGGGAAAAAAAUCGGGCUGUCAUUAUAAACCGGUUGUGUCAAGAAGAACAUGUCGUUGUUCUAGGUGAUGGCAGAAUGGACUCUCCAGGACACUGUGCCCAAUACUGCACUUACACAACUCUUGAGCAAGAGUCAAGAGACAUUGUGCACAUUGUCACCGUAGACAAGCGUGAAACAAACAGGAAUUCCGUGAUUAUGGAGAAGGAGUGUUUCAUCAGGACCAUGGACUCACUAAUCCAGGAAAUUCCGGUAAAAGAAGUUGUCACGGAUGCCCACCCACAAAUCUCUGCCUUGCUAGAUCCAAAGCGUGGGCGCUACAAAAAUAUUCACCACUCUCUUGACAUAUGGCAUGCUGCCAAAAAUCUUGGAAAAAAGUUGCGACGAGCUGGCACAAUGAAAAAUCAGAAUUCAAUUCUAGCCUGGAUGAAGGACAUCGUUAACCACUUUUGGUAUUGCUGUAAGCAAUCAUUGUCCGAGGAGCAGUUCAAGAUGAUGUGGCAUGGUGUCCUACACCAUGUCCGCAAUCAACAUUCGUGGGCAACUGGAUGCUGUGAUCAUGAGCCUCUGGAUGAAAGCAGCCAAAACAAGCCAUGGAUCCAGGAAGGUUCAGCAGCUCAUCAGGCACUUACAGCAAUCGUGCUUGACAAGCGCUGGUUGAGCCAGGUGAAGAAGUUCAUCAACUUCAGGACCACUUCUGAUUUUGAAAGCUUCCAAAAUCAUAUACUGAUGUAUGCGGCAAAGCGCUUCGCCUACAGCCCACCUGUAUACAGGACGCGAGUUUUGCUUGCUGCAUUGGAUUACAAUAACCACAAUCAUCGCCAGCCAGCCCGUAACAAGGAUGGACACAAAAUAUAUAGAAGAUACUUCAAUAAAAAAUCAAAAAGCUGGAGUGUCUACACCACAAAGGAGAAGAAGCAGUACAGCUACAUACAAGACCUCCAGAAGUCCAUUAUUGGGAGAAGGAUUGCAAGUGGGAGAGGCCUUCCCCGCAAACAGACGCUCAGGUCCGAUGAUCCAAGGCGCAGGGGUUUGCUAGCUGAUGUACUGCCACCACCCACUGCAGAACUAGUGCAGGCCCACAUCGAAAGAGGACACAUUCCUCCACACUGACUGUAAUCUGGUCCUUGUAAAUAUUUG